UACCUUAAUUUGUUGCCAAAUUAUAACGAAAAUUGUAUGUAGGGGAUGAAUAUUUCAAUCGGUGUAGUUAAGUUCUAAACAAAUGUCACUGCCAACUAAUUCUAGGCGUGUCACUAGAUUAACAAAGGCAACCCCACUAAAACCAUGGCUUGUGAAAUACAUUCAGUGUAAUGGAGAAAAUCAACAAGCUAAUGCUGUCAAAAUAAUUGAGUGUAUAUCAGGACCGGAUAGUGAAGGAAAUCUACUAAGAGAGGUGACUGAUGGAGAAGUCUUUAUAAAAGCUGUUAUAUUAGGAGAUGCUAUUAAAUGCAUGAUGCAAGAUGUUGAAGAAGAUAUGCCUUCUUGGGAUAAAGCACUGAUAUUGAUAAGAAAACACAAACUUAAAUUUGAACCAAAUACUAGCCAGAAGGCAAGUGAGUUUGUGUUAAUUGUUGAGGACUUUAAAGUGUGGGAUUUUUUGAGUGGAUUUGAUAUCAAGAAGGAUAUUUUCCCUUGCAUGCAGAAUGCAAGUGUUCAAAUCAAGAUACAAGAACACUGGAAAACAUGGAGAGAAUUUCAAUCUAUUAUGAACAAAACAAAGGCUAGUCAGAAUAUGACGUGUGAUAGUACGGUUGGUUCACAGACAAUGUUAUCAUUAUUAGCUGAUAUGGGACAAGUUACUCAAAGUCAAAGUGAAGUAAAUGAUACCCCAGAAGUGGAACCAAUUGAUAUCACAAAUAAAAACUUAUCACAACAGAAUAAUAGUAAUUCUGUUGAAGAAUCUCCACAUGUGAAUAGUGAUGGUUCAUCUGGUCCCCCAGUUACAUUUCCUGGUCCUACAUUAAUAGAUGAAAUAUCUACGUCACAUGGUAAAUCAAAUAAAGUACAACACAAGUCUGCAAUAGUUAUUGACAGUGAACAACCCUCAACCUCUGGCAUACAAAAUUUGAAGAUUACUGGUGUAUCUACCAACAAAAAUCCUUCUCAAACAACAGACAGUCAAGAGAUCGAAAACUACAAUUUCAAUUCUGUUCAGGUUAAUGCACUUGAGUUUUCCUGUUCAUCAUCAUCUGAAGACAGUCUCGAAUCUGGUGAUAACACACAGAGCAAAAAAUCUACUAAACUGAAAAGGGGAGAGUGUGCAAAAAAUAAAUCAAAUGUGAUUGAAAAAAGCUCAGAUGAGAAAAAUUCAAAAAAGAAUGCUGUUAGUGAAGAUAGUGAUUUGCCAGUAAAAGUUGCAGCAUUUGUGUCAGAAAAUGAUACUGAGAAUAACAAAAGUAAUGUGUCCUCAAAAUCAGAAGUCAUUAAGAAAGAAUCACCUUUAUAUUUAGAUUUACUGACAGACUUUCAGGAAGAUUCUAUUAUUCAUGUCAGUAUAGUAAUAGAUGACGAAUCUUUUAGUUCUGGUGAUCAUGAUCAGUCAAGUUCAAAUAUCAAAAUAGAAAUGCCACCUGAUUCUCCUCCUGUCAUUGGUACUCAAGCAUUCACACCACAACUAAAUCAUCCUGAUGAUCUCAUAUGUGGAACACAGCCAUUUACCUGCCAACAUCAGGAACCUAUUAUACAAGAGACCAGUGAUACAACAUCUGUUGGACCAGAUUAUUGGAUUAAAAGUCUGCCCAAUAAACAAUCUGACAUUUUCUCUAUAGAUUCAUCUGGGACAAGUGUUGAGUCUCGCUGUCAUGAUCUGAAAAACUCUGUCAGUUGCAGUCAAUCAAAGACUUCCAGACUUUUUGGAUCCAAAGCUGUUAAAUCCAAACCAAAACGGUCAAAUAGAACUGCAGAUGAUUCAAUUGAUGUUUAUCAGUCAACACAAAAUAAAACUGGUAGCAAAAAAAAGAUUCCACAAUUUCCAAUAUCUCCAAUACGGGACAGUGAACUUGAUCCAGAAAGUUUGAACCCAUCAUCUAGAUCCGUAAUAGAAGAAACAGAUGAAAAUCUUAUAUUUGAUGUGGAAUAUGAAGAAGAGCAAAGGUUAAAACAAUUAACGUCUGUGUCUAAAAGGCCUAACACAAGAUCAAAUAAAAGAACUAUGUCUGAUUCUGAAGGAGCUUCUCUAUCUAAGAAAUCAAAAUUGUCCUCCAGUAUGGACAAAAAUAGGUAUAGUGAUACUGAUUCACAAGAACUCAUUAAUAUUUCGAAUUCAGAUUUAUUCUCAAAGAAUUCCUCUAGCAAAAGUGAUAACAUAUCGUUUUCGGAUUCCAAAAAGACAUAUGAUGAUAAUAAUAAAACACAUUUAUCAAACACAAGUUUGAAAGAAAAAGAAUCUGUCGAAAGUAGAGAACAUUCUAAUCAAGUAGGUGAAUCACAUAAAGUUAUUGUUAUAAAUUCACAGGAGAUGGAUUGUAGGGAGGUAGUGAGUUCCCAAAAAAUAGCUUGUGUAAGUAGUGAAAAAAAGUGCAAUAAAAAUUCAAAAAUAUUGUCCAAAACUGGUUCGGGUUCAGAUAGGAAUCUAAGAAAUCACAGUUCAUUUAAAAAUAAUUCCAGUGAACAUUGUGAGAAAGAUGAUAUAGUUCAUGAUGUGGUCGAUUCUCAGGAUAUUAUUGUCAUAAGUUCUCAAGAAAUGGACAAUGAAGGAAUGUCAAAAAACCCUAAAAUUAAUCUCAGUGAUAGUGAAAAUAAUUCUUCUAUAACAAAGGUUGAUAAAGAGACUAUAUCAAAACAAAAAGGUGAAUUAUUGAUUUCAGAAAAAGGAGGUUUUAGUGCUGAUUCUAAGAAAUCUCAAAAUAAAGUUGAGGAAAAUAGGACUUUCAUUGUGGAAGAAUCAUCUUUAAAUAGACCUUCAUCAUUAAAUGAUGAAGAUGCAGAGAGGAUGGAAAUCAAUUCAGAUAAUUGGGAUAAAAGUGAUGAGCCUGUAAUCUCUAAAGCAAAAGGUUCUGGUCCUCAAGCUAAAACUUCACAGAAAUCAUUACCUUUAUUUGAGAUCUGCAGCAAAUUAUAUGAAGAACCAAUAACAGACUUACAGAGAAAACUGUUAAAUUUUAAACUGGACAAAAAUACUCUAGAAGACGUACAUCGUGUCAUAACAAACAAUUAAUUACCUAAGGUAACCAUUGAUUGGGUAAUAUUUCCAAUGUUCUGUAAAGACUACUUUGAUGGCCGAAUGGUUAGCACGUGCUUGUUGUAUCAUAAGGUCUGUCAUUGAGUCAACUGGCGUGGUUUCCAUUCCCGGAAUGUACAUGACAAGGAGUAGGGUAGCCUGUCCAACCUUGUGGGUUUUCUCCAGGUCCUCUGGUUUCCUCCCACUGCUAAAUACCCCUAUGCGCAAGCAAAUUAUUGAAAUAAAAUUCAAGCAGUUUGUAUCAAGUGGACAUUAAACACCAUUUCUCUCUCUGUGUAAAAACUAUAUUUUUUGUUCUAAAUGGAUAUUUUACAUGGUACUUGCAGGAAAGUCCAUUGUGUCUAAACUAUCCUGAAAAUUCUCAAUCACGAAUCAGCGUCGACGCCCUACUGCCAGCCAGCACACAACCUUAAAAUUAAUGAGCCCUCUUUAGACCAGAGCUAGGGUAAAAAUGCGGGCCAUCAUCCCAGUGGCAUGAUUAGUCUUUAUUUAACCUAAUUGUACCACCUUUGUAAUGGUUUAUAAAUAGUCCCUAACAGCACGAUUGGACGACACUUGUCGGUGGAAGUGGAUGUCAAGCAUGUGUGAAUAGUGCACAAAGAGGGUCUGAACUAGGGAGGUACUGUAGAUAGUAAUUCCGUAGUACUUAACAAUUUUAGUUCAGGGUGAAAUGUCUCCGAGAAUUUUUACAAAAAAGGCAUUCUGGAUUAUAGCUCUGUCUGUUGGUAUUAUAUAAUAGGUGUGGUUGGAUUUUACUGAGGUAUUCCACUUGUACAUUUAUGUGUGGAAAAUGACUUCCAACCCCACCCAGCAGGUCCCCGGGUU